AUGCCACAAUCGACCAAAAUAUCAAAGCCAAAGCGUGCAACAAAGACUUUCUCCGGAUGCUGGACUUGUCGCGAACGCCACGUAAAGUGCGAUGAAGGGCGGCCAACUUGCGCUCGGUGCAUAAGAGGGGGGUUCGUUUGCCAUGGCUAUGGAAUCAAACUCGUGUGGAUUGACCCGGAAACACGCGGGUGGGAGCGAAAGAUCCGACGGCUGGUCAGCGCGCCAGCUUUGUACCACGACAAGUCACCGUUUCUGCAAGUGGACGUUCAGGAGGCACUGGAUCGACUGGAUCAAGGGGACAUCUGCUCUGUCGGUCCAUUUUCCGUGUUCCCUAUCGAAGAGGAGUUGAACCAUAGUGUGCUCAAAGUCGCAACGGAUGUCGAGAAAUCCAACCAGAUCAAAACUGCUUACGUGCUCAGAUGGCUGAGGCAGAUGAUGGACGACUUUCAUGAGCAAGAAAAUAUCACAUCACCCACAAGUCAUGUCAGUACUCCUGCAGAAGCCCGGUCGCCGUGUAUAUACCGUCAUGUCGACCUUUUACCUCGUCCUGCAGAACAGCGCCAGCUCAUCCAUCACUGGGUCACCUUUGUCUCCUGGCAUUUGGUGCCUGUCGACCACCCGGACAAUCCGUUCAGGAGUGUGUUCACUCCAAUGGCGCUCGCCGGCUUGAACAGUGUUUCACAUGAGUCAAAUGGCCAGAUUGCUCUUUUCCACUCACUCUGCGCCACGUCGGCGUAUAGUCGAGGACAGUUCUUGGGCAACAACAAAACAUUAACCUUGGCCGGGAAACACUAUCACCUGGCGAUUUUGCACCUGAGACACAGCCUCGCGAAUCUCACAGGGGACAACUUCGACUCGCAGCGGAACUCCAUUAUUGCCACCAUCACCAUGUUCUCGGUCAUGGACAUGAUCACCGGUCGGUCGACCGAAUGGCGAACCCACGUCCAGGGAGGGGCAUCGUUGCUGGCCUCGAUCGAGGACAGAAUCUGGAAUGAAGACAAGAACUCGUCCAUGAUCUACCAGAGCUACCUCGCGGUCGCUGCGCUGUGUAAUAUUGACUUACCUUCGACCAUCGACAUGGUUGUGAGUGGCAGCAAACAUUAUGUUCUCGACCAGUUUUUUGGACUGGCACGCCCGAUCCUGCGGCAUAUUGUCAGGAUCAAUGCGCUGCUGAAAGACACCCGGGCCGCCGACCUAGAUCCGGACUUGGUGGAGGAUCUAGAGAGUGAACUCUGGGCACACAACCCGGAGAAUCUCGACUUUGACGGCCUGGAAGACUCUCGCAAUAGAACAAUGGCUCGCCAUCAUGCUUUUCUGUUCUACUAUGCAAGCCUCAUACAUUUCCAGCGAACUGUACGGCAGAUGCCACCGUCGACGAUGCAGCAUCUAGUGAGGCAGGCGGUUGAACACUUUGAGGAGAUUGAACGUCUGGGAGCGGACACCGUAGGAUGCACACUUAUUUGGCCACCGCUUGUCGUAGCAUGCGAAUGCGAGAGCAGCAGUCUGCGGGAACGUAUGCUGGCAUGGUAUAAGAUGAAACGCCGGCAUGGAUUCAUGAACCUGGAGAUCUCCAAAGACGUAGCUCAAGAAGUGUGGCGCCGGAGACGGUCUGCUGCUACGGCGACAGACGUGCAUUGGCAGGACGUUUUGGAGGAGAUGAACCUAGAUAUUGUCCUCGCGUAG